UAAAAAUAGAUUUAUCGUUGCAAUAAUAACACCCUCUAAAGUGGGUCACUACCGCACGACGUCACUACAGUGACACCUGGGCGUCUUGUUAAAAUGGCAAUAUCGCAGAAAGUCUUUCUUCCACUCUUCGUCUCCAUUUGGUGGACUUUUAUCGGAAACUCCAUUAAUCAAUGACCCCGUCUGUUACUACUAUCCAUUCCGCAAUGUUAGCUGCCACCCUUUCCCGGAAUAAUCUCACUUCAGCUCUUUCUCUCCUCUGUUUCCUCUCCCUUCUCUCCGGAAUCAAAUCAGACGACCUCCAAAUUCUCCUCAAAUUCAAAUCCGCAUUCCAAAACUCCAAUUCCCAAUUAUUCAACUCAUGGAAUUUGGAGAAACCCUUAUGCACUUUUACCGGAAUUAUCUGCAACACCAACAGUUCGGUUGCCGGAAUCGAAUUAUCGAAUCAGAAGCUAUCUGGGAUUCUUCCCCUGGAUUCGAUAUGCCAGCUCAAAUCACUGGAAAGUAUCUCUCUGGGGUUCAAUUCCUUGUACGGUAAAGUAAUGGAGGACUUGAGAAACUGCACGAGAUUGAAGUACUUGGAUUUGGGUAACAACAUUUUCACUGGAUCAGUCCCUGAUUUAAGCCUCUUGAGCGAUUUACAGUACCUGUAUUUGAAUAAGAGUGGGUUUUCUGGUACUUUCCCGUGGAAAUCGCUUGGAAAAUUGAAUGGUCUGGUGAACCUUAGUCUUGGGGAUAAUUCAUUCGAACCGACUGCUGAGUUCCCCAACGAGCUGUUGAGCCUUACUAAUUUAAGUGAUCUUUACCUCUCGAAUUGCAGCCUCGGAGGGAAAAUACCAACUGGAAUUGGAAAUCUGGUCGAGCUUAAAAACUUGGAGCUUUCAUAUAAUAAUAUCACUGGCGAAAUCCCAGCGGAUAUUGGGAAACUCACCAAGCUAUGGCAACUUGAGCUUUACAAUAAUAGGUUGACUGGAAAACUCCCUAUUGGGCUGAGAAACCUCACGAACCUUGCGAACUUCGACGCUUCGACGAACUGUCUUGAAGGGGAUUUGUCGGAGUUGAAGUUUUUGAGGAACCUAGUUUCUCUGCAGUUAUUUGAGAACCGCUUCACAGGUGAUAUUCCGGCCGAGUUUGGAGAGUUUAAACGCCUUGUGAGCUUGUCUUUGUACUCUAAUAAUCUCACGGGGCCUCUUCCUCAGAAAUUGGGGUCCUGGGCAAACUUCGAUUUCAUAGAUGUUUCGGAGAAUUUCUUCACCGGCCCGAUACCGCCGGACAUGUGUAAACGAGGUACGAUGAAAAAGCUUCUAAUGCUUCAGAACAAUUUCACAGGUGAAAUCCCAGAUAGCUACGCGAAUUGUCCGACUUUACUUCGUUUCAGAGUCAGCAAAAAUUCGCUCACCGGCAAAGUUCCCGCCGGAAUCUGGGGAUUGCCAGCAGUCAACAUAAUCGAUAUCGAGUUCAACCAACUGGAAGGUCCGAUUACCUCUGAUAUAAAUACUGCAAAGAAUCUUACUCAGCUAUUCGCUGGGAAUAACCAACUUAAUGGCGAACUACCUGAACAGAUUUCGGAAGCGGCGUCGUUGGUUUCGGUUCAGCUAAACGACAAUCAUUUAUCCGGCAACAUUCCGGCAACUUUCGGCGAAUUGAAGCAUCUUGGCAAUCUUCAUUUUCAGAAUAAUAUGUUCUCUGGGUCAAUACCGGAGUCAUUAGGCUCAUGUUUGUCUCUAAACGAUAUAAACAUGGCAAACAACUCUCUCUCCGGCAAAAUCCCUUCCUCUUUAAGCACUUUACAGAGUCUGAAUGCUCUAGACUUGUCCCACAACCAACUUUCCGGCCAAAUUCCGACGACUCUGGCUUCUGUCAGAUUGAGCCUUCUCGAUUUAUCCCAUAACCGGCUCGCCGGUCGAGUACCGCCGUCUCUCUCGAUUGCAGCCUAUAACGGAAGCUUCGCCGGUAACCCUGGUCUUUGCAGUUCAGAAAUCAACUCAUUCCGGCGAUGUCCUCCAAAUUCAGGCAAGUCCAAGGAUGUACGUACACUCAUAAUUUGCUUCGCAGUAGGGUCAGCGAUCCUGCUCGUGGCUUUGGUUUGGUACACGUACUUAAGGAAAAGUGAGAAAGAUGAUUACCAAGACCGGUCUUUGAAAGAAGAAUCUUGGGAUUUAAAGUCUUUCCAUGUUUUAACUUUCACGGAGGAAGAGAUUCUUGAUUCUAUUAAGGAAGAGAAUAUCAUUGGAAAAGGAGGGUCAGGAAAGGUUUACAGAGUUCCUCUCUCUAAUGGCAAAGAGCUGGCCGUGAAGCACAUUUGGAACAACCUCGAGUCACAAUUUGGCCGGAAAAAGAUCCGGAACACGACUCCGAUACUGAGGAAAAGCAGCGGCAAGUCGAAGGAAUUCGACGCCGAGGUUCAGACUCUGAGCUCAAUUAGGCAUGUGAACGUGGUAAAAUUGUAUUGCAGCAUAACAAGUGAAGACUCAAGCUUGCUUGUUUAUGAGUAUUUGCCUAAUGGCAGCUUAUGGGACCGACUCCAUGGCUGCCGGAAGACAAAACUAGACUGGAAUUCGCGGCAUGAGAUAGCCGUUGGAGCUGCCAAAGGCCUAGAGUAUCUCCACCAUGGCUGCAGCCGGCCAUUAAUUCACCGGGAUGUCAAGUCCAGCAAUAUCUUGUUGGAUGAGUUUUUAAAGCCCAGAAUUGCUGAUUUUGGCCUUGCCAAGAAUGUGGUUCAGGCUAGUAAUGAUGGCCAAAGUUCUACUCAUGUCAUUGCCGGAACUCAUGGCUACAUUGCUCCUGAGUACGGAUACACCUACAAAGUGACUGAGAAGAGUGAUGUUUAUAGUUUUGGAGUCGUGUUAAUGGAGCUAGUGACUGGGAAGAGGCCAAUAGAGCCAGAGUUUGGAGAGAACAGAGACAUAGUGAGCUGGGUAUACAGCAAUCUAAAGAGCAGAGAGGGCGUAUUAAGUUUAGUUGACUCAGAUAUUCCAGCGGCUCUUAGAGAAGAUGCUAUUAAGGUGUUGAAAAUUGCAGUACUAAGCACAGCUAGACUCCCUGAGCUGAGGCCCACCAUGAGGAGUGUUGUCCAAAUGCUAGAGGAAGCCGAGCCUUGUAAAUUGGUGGGAAUUAUUGUCACCAAAGAUGGCGCCAGUAAGAGAAUGGACGGUCUAGAUGACAAGUUUGAUCCUGACUUUUCAAGCUUCCAAAAAAUUGUCUAUCAGAAAAUCAACUCAUAAUUACUUAGUGUUAUGCACCACCAUUGCGUAGCAUAGGAAUAAAUGAAAUAACAUGUAAUAUAUAAUGUAUUAAAAGUUAUGUACUAGGGGCAAUAGGGGCCGGCGGGAUAUUAGUUUUUCUACUAGUUUUGGUGAUGAUAUUGCCUUAUAGCUAGUUUGCUACCCCGUUCGAAUUAAAAUAUUGUUGGAAUGAAGAUUCCCUUUUUGAUGACUUAUCCUAAUUCAAUUGUGGUCUGGCUCUUCUAUUUAAUAAGUUCAA